AUGCCCAAGUCUUUCGUCACUAAUGCAUUGGCAGGUUCGAAAAAUCUCUCUACGACCUCAUACGAGGCCUGCGGAAUCACAAAGGGAACGAAAAGGAAUACAUCCAGAACAGUCUCAAAGAAUGUCGCGCCGAAAUUCGAGGGCAGGAUAUGGGUCCACUUGAAGGCAACGGCUCUCCUAAAGCUGGUUUACCUGGAAAUGUUCGGCCACGAUAUGUCCUGGGCCUCCUUUCACGUCCUAGAAGUUAUGUCUUCCGCCAAAUACCUCCAGAAACGGGUUGGAUACCUCGGUGCGGUCCAGAGCUUUCGACCAGAUACGGAGGUCUUGAUGCUUGCCACAAAUUUGUUGAAGAAGGAUUUGACGUCUACGGCCGUUGUGACAAUGUCUCUCCCAAUCAUUACGCUACCUCACAUAAUCACUCCUUCUCUGGCUCUGUCGGUCCUCUCGGAUCUGCUACCACGCCUUACACAUUCUCACCCUACGGUUCGGAAGAAGACUAUUGUGACAUUGUACAGACUGGCCCUUGUCUAUCCCGAAACUCUGAGGCCGGCCUGGCCAAAGAUCAAGGAGCGAUUGAUGGAUGAAGGCGAAGACCCUAGUGUCACAGCUGCCAUCGUCAAUGUAGUGUGUGAGCUGGGCUGGCGGAGGCCCCAAGAUUUUCUACCACUUGCCCCUAGGCUAUUCGAGCUCCUGGUCGACAGUGGUAACAACUGGAUGGCCAUCAAGUUAAUUAAACUCUUUGCGAUCCUGACUCCUCUGGAACCCAGACUGGUCAAGAAGUUACUACCUCCCCUUACCACCCUAAUUCGCACCACCCCUGCCAUGUCUCUGCUUUACGAGUGCAUCAAUGGCAUAAUUCAAGGUGGCAUAUUAGAGAGCAGCGACGAUUCUGCUGGCGGCGAUGAAAUCGCCACUCUCUGCGUAAGCAAACUGCGAGGAAUGAUCCAGAUCGAAGAUGACGCAAACCUGAAAUACGUUGCGCUGCUGGCAUUCAAUAGAAUCGUCAUUACUCACCCAUUCUUGGUUGCCCAACAAGAAGAUGUUAUCAUGGAAUGCAUUGAUAGUGCCGACAUUUCGAUUCGAUUGAGAGCUUUGGACUUGGUGGUUGGCAUGGUCAACAGUGACAACUUGAUGUCCAUUGUUGGUCGCCUUAUGAGACAAUUAAAGAAUUCUCGCUCGCCAACAGCCGACGAACUACAUCCUCGUGCUGUCCCAAUAGAGCCCGCGGCAGACUCUGACGACGAGUCGCCAGAAGCUGCCGCCGAGAACAAGAACGGAGUUCCAGAUGCGCCUCUUCUCCCCGAUGAUUAUAAGAUCGAUGUCAUCACGAGGAUACUGGAAAUGUGCUCGAGCAAAAACUAUGGAAAUCUUGUGGAUUUCGACUGGUAUAUUGACAUCUUGAUCCAAUUAGUCCGGAGUGCGCCAGUUCCUAGUUCGAACUUGUCCGAUGACGAUAUUGAUUUCGGGGGAAAGUUCACCGCCGAUGUUUCAGAGCGAAUCGGCGAUGAGCUGCGAACAGUUGCAGUGAAAGUGAAGGCUAUCCGAAUGCAAGCCACAAGAGCAGCAGAGUCCAUUAUAAUCUCAACCUUCAACGACCCCUCGUCCUCCCUGAGUUCAGGAAGCGGUGUUCUCAGGCCUAUAACAUGGGUCUGUGGAGAAUAUGCAUCAUUAUUGGCAUCUCCCGACGAUACUUUAACAGCACUCUUGCAACUAACCAAAGGAUCCACAGCAGCUGAAGGUCUUGUCAUUUACCUGCAAGCCUUGCCAAAGAUAUUUUCGUUGAUCUCGGGAGACGAUCAGACACCUUGGACGCCGGAACGGAAGACGAUGGUUUCCCUAUUGAUGGCGCGCAUAAUUCAUGCCCUGGAACCUCUCGCCAUGCAUCCCGAUCUGGAGGUGCAAGAAAGAGCUGUGGAGUUCUCAGAGCUCCUCAAACUGGCGGCUGAGGCAUCCUCUGGGCAGGUAGCCUCUUCAGAAUACGAGCCACAAGAUGCGCCACUCCUCCUUACGCAGGCGAUCCCCUCUUUGUUUACAGGAGUCGAAUUGAAUUCGGUGGCUGUUGGAGCGCAAAAGAAUGUUCCGAUACCAUCCGCGUUAGAUUUGGAUCAACCGAUCAAUCCAAAUCUUAGCAAUUUGUUAAGAGCCGUAGAGUCAGCAGUAUUCGAUGAAUCAAGCAGCGACGAAUUCGAAGUGUACUAUCAUCAGGCACCGCCACAAACGCAGGCAUCGAAGCAAGAAAACGAGCCUGCAAUUUCUCGACUUACUGGAAUCGACGAGCCCGUGCACUCAUAUCAACAAGGCGGCGAAGAAAGCUACCUCGAUCCCGAUAUCGUCGCACGUCGGCGAGCAGAGCGACUGGAGAGGAACAAGGAUGAUCCAUUCUACAUCCCUCCGAGUGAUGACAAGUCCGGAAGAUCUACUCCCCUCCAUAACAUUCUCCGAGGCCACAGUGGCCCUGAUCUAGACAUAGACGCUAUACCCAUCAUGCAGCUGGAUCUUGGGAAACCUAAUAUCGGUUCGGGACAACGAUCGCCAGUGAAAUCAGUGGCACCUAAGCCUCGUCAGCGAAUACAAGUUGCAGCCGACGAGACACUGACUACAAGCGGUACCUCACCCCCUCGGAACGACGAAUCGGAGAACAGUCUGGAGGGCCCUCAGAGGCCGAAAGCUAAAGGGAAACAAUCACUCCUUCAAGUCGACUCUAGCCACAUCGGCUCCUUUUCUCUAGAAGGCGAUGACUCCGGCCCAGUAGAUUACGAGCGCCAACAGAAAGAAGAGGCCGAGAUGUUAAAAGCCAUGCAAGAAGUUGAGAAGCUGCGGUUGGAGAUGCAGAGAGCCAAUGAACGGAUCCAGGCAGCGUCAGGCGUAGAAGGCACGGUGGUCAAGAAGAAGAAGAAGAAGAAGGUGAAGGCUCCUGAAGCGGCCUUGGAGGGAGAAGCCUCUAUUACUGUGGUAAAAAAGAAGAACAAGGUCAAGAAGGCUGAACCUGAUGAUGACGGCAAUGGAGGAGGGGCUGCGACCACCGAUGUCGCCAAGCCCAAGAAGAAAAAGAAGAAGGCGAAAAUCGAAGAUGACCUUAGUGGGCAGAACGAUACGGGGGAACUGCUAGCAUAG